GCCACCCUCCCACCUAACACUCUGUCUUUGCUAUUUGUUGCAACCCACAAACGCCAUUGCAAUUUGCAGACACACAAAAUGGCAUCGGAAGCAGAGGUUCCGCCAAACUUCUGGGGCCACAUGCCAGAAGAAGAGUACUACGCUUCCCAAGGCGUGCGCAACACCAAGUCCUACUUUCAAACCCCGCACGGAAAGAUAUUCACUCAGUCCUUUCUCCCUCUCCACACAGACAACAUCAAAGCCACCGUCUUCAUGACCCACGGCUACGGCUCCGACACCGGAUGGCUCUUCCAGAAAAUCUGCAUCAACUUCGCCACCUGGGGCUACGCCGUCUUCGCCGCCGACCUCCUCGGCCACGGCCGCUCCGACGGCCUCCGAUGCUACCUCGGCGACAUGGAAAAAAUCGCGGCCGCCUCCCUCUCAUUCUUCCUGGACGUCCGCCGCAGCGACCCCUACGCCAACCUCCCGGCCUUCCUCUUCGGCGAGUCGAUGGGCGGCCUGGCCACGCUCCUCAUGUACUUCCAAUCCCGGGCGGACACGUGGAGCGGGCUCAUGUUCUCGGCGCCGCUCUUUGUUAUCCCCGAGGACAUGAAGCCCAGCAAGGUCCAUUUGUUCAUGUACGGCCUCUUGUUUGGGCUGGCUGACACCUGGGCCGCUAUGCCCGACAACAAGAUGGUCGGCAAGGCCAUUCGGGAUCCCGCCAAGUUGAAGAUCAUUGCCUCCAACCCCAGGCGCUACACCGGCCCACCCCGGGUGGGGACCAUGCGGGAGCUUCUCAGGGUCACGCAGUACGUGCAGGACAAUUUCUCCAGAGUAACGGCCCCGUUCUUCACCGCUCACGGAACUUCUGACGGCGUUACUUGCCCUUCCUCCUCUAAGUUGCUUUAUGAGAAGGCUUCCAGCGAGGAUAAGACUUUGAAGCUCUAUGAUGGGAUGUACCAUUCUUUGAUUCAGGGGGAGCCUGAUGACUCCGCCAACCUUGUGUUGGGGGACAUGAGGGACUGGAUUGAUCAGAGGGUCGCAACAUAUGGACACUGAAUAACUCCUCUUCUCUUUUCCUCAUACCAAGUGUUCAUCAAAACUUUAUAUUCAACUUAAUGCUUCAUCCUUUUGCUUUAA